AUGUUGAACCAAGAACUGAUUCAAGAGAUCCUCUCUCAUUGUUCAGCGACGGAGAUUGUAAGAUUCCGUCUACAAAACAAAGAGUGGAACAAACAAAGUUACGAGUUCAGAUUUAUCGAUCAUCAUCUCCAUAGAGCCAACUCUGUUUUCGGCUAUUUUGUUCAUUACAAGGACAAAUGGUUUAAGUAUCGGCCCCGUUUUGCGCUCGGUGUUGAAGCCAAGAAAGAAGAAAAAGGAGAUAAAACCCAAAUCUCGCUUCAGUUUCUUCCUCAGAACAACGCAAAGAUCAAAGCUUGUGAUACACAUCAUGGGAUUUUGAUCUGUAUCGGUGAUAGGUUUAAAGGAGCGAAAACGAUACAAGAGUACAUCGUUUGUAAACCUGCCACAAAGCAGUUCCGGAUCAUACCAAACCCUAAAACUCGAUAUCUGACGAUCGCAACAGGUGUAAUGGUGAUUUCUUUGAAUUCGUUUUGGUAUACGAUCAUUAGGGUUUUUGAACCAAGGAUAUGGAUGACCAAGGAAGGUUUCUAUAUUCACAACUGUGUGGUCUUCGAUUCUGAUUCCUUCGCGUGGAAGCGACUGAAUGAUUUCUAG